UGGCUGCCCUGAAUGACCCAACUCGAAGGGCGGGGGUUAAUUUUUAUAAUAUUUUGCUAAGUGAAUCUUUUUCCGAAAAAUAUAGAAACAUUUUAUUCAUAGAAAUAAUUUCCCUAAGAUAACAGGGAGAGAUAUAAUACUGAUGUCGGAUAUUUUGGGGUCAAAAAAUUAAUCCAAAGAACAUAAUUUGAUUUUAUAUCAAUUUAAUUCUACAAUGCUUUAUUUUCUCUGGAUAGGACUCAGAAUAUGAAGAUAAGCCCCGAUCAAGAAAAGAAUUAAGAGUUGAUGAAAAUUCACAAGAUUUGGGUUUGGGAUUUGUUCAAAUAUCAGUGACGGCUGCAACGCCCAUGGUAGAGGAUGCAGAAAAAAGCUUCUUGAAUGAAAUCAUCAAAGAGGAAGAUGAGGAAAAUGUCGAAAAACCCAACAGAGAUGAAAUGAAAAAAGAUGUAGCAGAAGCUGUUGAUAAAAUUAUAGAGGAGGCUCGAAUUGAAACUAGCAAGAGACCGCAAAUAAAAUCAGAACAAAUAAACAACUCUGAAUGCAAAAUUUUAACCGCAGAAAAAGAUAUGUCAAAACCAUUCAUAAAUGAACCGUUAAUUGGAACUGUGAGAUCAGAAAAGCAGACUUCUAGAAGUGGACCACCACCUAGCGUACCACCACCUCCGCCACCAAUAUCUACUACGGAAUCAAUUGAAGAUGACAAUAAAUUUGAAGUAAAUUUUGACGAUGCAUUUGGCGAAACAACGCAUGAGCUACCAAAACAAUUGGGUGGACGCGCUAGUAUACCCGAGCCAGAUGAGUUAUCACCGCAUCAGUUAGAACGCUUGAAAAAUUUAAAAGAAUCAAAUGCUUAAUCUAAAUUUCAAUGCUAGUUUACACCGUGAGUUAGAAUCCAAACGAGACAUUAAAGCCUGUAUAUCAGAUGUCAGAAAUUUUUUCGAAGUGACAUCAUCAAUCUCACAACUCCAGCAAAUUGUAUAGCUUGUAUUUCAAACGCACACAGGAUUACACUGUAUGUAUCAUAAAUUUUGCAAAAUCAGUGGAAUGACCACUAAGGUCAAAAUUUGAAAUACAUACAGACACAUAGAAUGUGAGUUAGUGUCGCCUUGUGUAUUGACCAUAUCUAUAUAGGUCGAUGAUAAGGCUUCAUGGGGGAAACCACUAUUACAUCGUAAUUCAUAUAAUUCUAUCUAGUACAAAAAUAAUUCCAGAUAAUUCCAUAUAGUUCAAAUAGUAGUAGAAUACUGGAGAUGACUUAGUUCUGAUGUAUAUAUAUAUCGAUAUAAUGCGAUGAUAUUUUAUUUUAUUUUAUUUCAUUGUUUGAACAGUUUUCUAUCGAGUGUUAUACGUGCGCGCGUUCUGUGUGAGUACUGUCAAGUGUGAAUAUAUAUACAUCAGAACUAAGCCAUCUGCACUAUUCUACUACUAUUUGAAUUAUAUGGAAUUAUCUGGAAUUAUUUUUGUACUAGAUGGAAUUAUAUGAAUUGCGUUGUUGUAGUAGUAGUCCCAUUGUAAGGCUUUAUAGAAUUUGUUGAUAAAUUAGGGAUACUGUCUAACUUAAUUUCGAAUUUAAAAUACAUUUUUAAUUCUUUUAAUUUUUGAAUUUUUUUGAGUUCACAAAAUUAAAUGUAUGUAACCAGUGAUUAUAUCAAGAAGUCACAAUUUACCAAUGUUUCUUCAAUUUAUAUUUUGUUUAAUACUUAUAACACAUUCUUGGUUAAGUGAAAUGGUUCAAUGCUUUCAAUACCACAUUAAUCACCGAGUAUUGAAAUAUAUAGAGUUAUGCCGGGUGAAUCAUCGGGUGAUGUGAAUCAGCCUUAAAAUUCGUACGUAACGACGAAAUAUGUCUACCAAAUUUCAGUCAUAAGUUUCUUUUGCAGCCCAUAGUUUUUUAUUUAAAAAAACACGAGGUACGAUCAAGGUGACUACUACUACAAUAACGUAAUUCACAUAAUUCCAUCUAAUACAAAAAUAAUUCCAUAUAGUUCAAAUAGUAGUAGAAUAGUGCAGAUAACUUAAAUUAGAUGCUUAUAUAUUCUACACUGACAAAACUAAGGUUAUGAUUUUGACAACACCGUGUUGUAAAUGCUUACAUUCCAACGAAUGUUGUGAAGUAGCCAACAAUCGUUGUCAUUGUGAAUACAUACAAUGGCAUAUAUUAUAUGUAUUCACAACGACAACAAUUGUUGGCUACUUCACAACAUUUGUUGGAAUGUAAGCAUUUACAACACGGUGUUGUCAAAAUCAUAACCUUAGUUUUGUCAGUGUGUUUAAAUAGUUUUCUAUCGAGUCUCGAGUAUACCAGCAACGCUCUACUGAUCUUCUGAAUUUCUUUUUAUUCAUCUUCUUUAGAUUAUAAGCAGCGACGAAGAAGAGCUAUAUCAUACACAGUACACACACGGAAAUAAUGUAUAGAUUAUUGGUAGAAAUGAUUUUUUUUCUU